UAUAUUACGACAACGCACUCCUUCAUCCUCGAUGAAAUCCCAUCGUCCUCGGUAACCAAACGUCAACCGUGGACACCAGUGACAUUUACAAUAACCCUGCAACUUAAUACCAUGACCUCCGUUCCUUUCACCAUUGCCGAUAUCUUCUCGACGGUCCGUUACAAGGGCAACCCUCUGGCUAUAGUAGACGCCAGAAACGAAGACCUCACGGACACGCAGAUGAAGCUCAUCACGCGCCAAUUUAACCUAUCCGAAACAACCUUCUUUUUCCCACCUACUUUGCCAGGAGCCGACUUCAGACUUCGCUCCUUUCUCCCCGGCGGAAGGAGGUCCACGGCGCCGGCAGCGGGGGUUACCGAGAGCUUCGUCUUUCAUCAGGAACUCGGAGGCGAGGUCAUUCCGGUUCAAGUAACCAGACACACGGAAGCUCUGGACGGCAAAAGCCAAUUCUCGGUCUCCCUCCGACAGGCUACGCCACAGGCCCAUUCGACGCACCCCGACCCGGCCGGGCUCGCCGCAAGGAUCAAGCUAACGGCGCAAGACAUCGGGCUCACCACGACAGGCAAUUCCGGCCGACAGCCCCAGCCCCAGGUCAUGUCCACAUCGACGACUCGCCAUCUCCUUGUUCCCGUGUCGUCCGUUGCGGCACUGAAUCGAGCAGUGGUGCAGCGUGACAGGCUACUGGAACAACUCAGGCGCGUCGACGACAAGGCGUAUGGUCUGUACCUCUUCACCCGGGUCCCGUCGGCCGAUGGGACCAGUACCCAGACAUUCCAAGCACGCUUCUUCAGCCCGGGAUUGUCUGGUGAAGAUCCUGCUACAGGAAGCGCCGCUGGUCCGCUCUCGGCGUAUUUGUAUUACCAAGGGAUCUUGAAGCUUAGCAACGAUGGUGUUGGGAGGAUCCUUGUGCACCAGGGAUCUCGAGUCGGCAGGGAAUGCGUCAUCCACGUUGAGCUCAGGCUUCGGCAAGAAGGCGGGCAAGAGGUUUUGGAUGUGGAUCUUAUCGGCAGUGGUGUUCAGGUUGCCGAGGGGCGGAUCGACGUUCCUGAUUUCUCGACAACUUUCUAA